GCAAGUCCUUCAAGCUCCGACAGCCCCGAGCCUCAGAGGAAACUCAACCAGUGCUUCCCAGCAGCGCGUCAUGUCCUCUAAACUCAAUCUCCGCCUGCUCGCCGCCGUGAUGCUGGCAGCCGCCCUGCCGCUCUGCGUCAAGGGAGCUCCGCUGGAGGUCACACCCACUGACCUCCCUCAAGGUGAGGCCUCAGGUGAGGAAGAGGAGGACAGGAGGAUUUCAGACCCGCCGAGGGAGAGUAAUAUCAUAGAGAUUUGGGAACGAGUCCUUAAAUCCACCGAAAGCCACCAGCAGGAGUUUGACGAAGAGUUCCAAGGAAACGUUAAGUAUGACUUGUUGGACAAAGACAAACCUCGCUCAUUCCCAGCUAAAUGCCCAAACUGCACCUUAAGCAAGGAGGCCUGUCUCCAGAGCCUGGCCCAUGGCAUGCUGGUCUACACGGUUCUCCUGAAGCACGUGGACAGGGAGUACCACAACAGCUCCAUCGUGGCUGCGGUCAAAGCGGGGAUCCCUCAGCUGAUCACACAGAUAAAAGCAAAAAUGAGAAACGCAGAUGGCGUCGCGGCUCCGACCAGCAGCGAGGAGCAGCAGCUGCUGAAGGAGCUUGACCGGCCAGAUCUGUUCUACAGAAAGAUGAUGGCGCACAGGAUCCUUAAAUCAAUCCACAUAUUCCUAGUCGACGGCAAAAGAUCGUACCAGAAGUGGGUGUCUAAAAAGCACGCGGCCCGUAUGCAUGGGACGCAAAUCAGGAAUCUCUAAGAGACGAAAGCAGACUAGCUUGUUUUAAGGAAUAGCUCAGGUAGACUAGGGCCGUUCUUACUUUUCUCAGGGCUGUGAGAGUCUUCUGUGGUGGACAAUGCAAGUAAUUCAAGCCAGAGAGUUAGUCACUCACUUAUACAGAACAUAUUUAACCUAUUUAUAUUAAAUAGAAUACUUUAUUUAUUAGAGAAGCCAUAGUUGUUGAAUACGUGUACUUUAUAGUGAAUUCCUGUUAAAUUAAAGCGUAACUCUUUUUAUAUACAAAUAAUUAUCUCUUUAUCUAAGAAAUAAUUUCUCAACUUCUGUUGGAAUAUUUUGUUACAUGCAAAAAUAAAGAAGUUUUUUUUUUAACAACAUGAAUCAGGUUUCUUCAUAUGAAGCAUCAGAGCUUUUUCUUUAUCCCAGACUGAGCCGUCGUGAGUGUUCAAUGGAGGUUUGGAAAUGGGACCGAUUAUCCCAUCGUUUAAACACUUUUUUUGUUUUGUUUUUUAGGAUGGACUGAUAAUUUAUCAUUUCUAUGGCACAAAAGGGCUAAAACUUUACACACAGACACAAAUCUAGACAUAUAUCCCAAUUCAUCUUUUGGUAAAGUUCCCUCAGCAGGUUGCAGAGAAACUGCACACAUUUUGUAGCCAUUCUCAAGCUUUUGGCCUGACUUUGGGUCAACAUUUGACGUACAUUUUAAUUGAUAGGCAGCCUUGCAGGCUCCUGCUA